GGACAAUCUUGUUUUGUUCUUUUCUUGCAUGCAGGAGAAUAGUGUUUGUGUAUUCUGAAUCAGACGACAGAACCCAUCCACACAGGAGGAAGGAUAGAUUUUAUAGCAAAUAUAGGUGGGAGUCAUAGCCAUGGAGAAGAAGCUCUGGUUGGUGUUACUUGUUUUCGUUGUGUCUGUGACGUUUCCUAAUCGCUCUGCAGCCGAUUGGAGUCUGAACAAGAAGCAGACAGCAAGUGGCAACAGUGUUCGCUCUUCCGUCGUCUUUCGAGUUCAAGGGAAUGUAUAUCCCGAAGGGUUGUACUAUGUGACUUUCUACUUAGGCAAUCCACCCAAGGCUUACUAUCUCGAUUUAGACACUGGAAGUGACCUCACAUGGCUACAAUGCGAUGCCCCCUGUGCCAGCUGCAACGACGUGCCUCACCCUCUUUACAAGCCCAACAAGCAGGACUUGGUAUUCUGUGAGGAACAAAUAUGUGCAUCACUUGACUCCAACGACUGCAACAACCCAAAUGAGCAAUGCGACUACAGCAUUGAGUAUGCUGAUCAUGGUUCCUCCCUUGGAGUCCUCAUCAGGGAUAUCUUCCCACUCCGCUUCACUAAUGGAUCAGUACUUGCACCCCGUUUGGCUUUUGGAUGUGGGUACAAUCAACAAGGUUUAUGUAAGGACUCUCUGUGUCCCACUGAUGGAGUACUAGGUCUUGGUAAUGGCAAAGGUAGCAUCAUAUCUCAGCUCAAAAAUCAAGGACUGACAAAUAAUGUUAUUGGCCAUUGUUUAAGUGGGCAGGGGGGAGGGUACUUGUUUUUUGGUGAUGAUGUUGUGCCAUCUUCAGGAGUUAUAUGGACACCAAUGUCACCUUACGCUUUAGACAAACACUACUCCCCUGGUCCUGCUGAGCUUAGUUUUGGUGGGAAACCUACUGCUGCAAAAGGUCUUCAAACAAUUUUCGACAGCGGUAGCUCCUACUCAUACUUCAAUUCCAUGGCUUACCAGGCUUUAAUUUCUGCGGUGAAUAAAGAAUUGGCAGGAAAACCACUGAAAGAAGCACCUGAUGACCAUACGCUACCUCUGUGC